AUGUCCGACACUGGCCGUCAAUCUUUCACCGACAAGGCUGGAUCGGCUUUGAAGCCUGAUAGCCAGAAGUCUGCCACCGAGCACAUGGGCGAUACCGUGAAAGGGUACGCCGACUCUACAGCCUCCACGCUCCAACCCCAGGACGAGAAGAGCAACACCCAGAAGAUGGAUGAUACUUUUGGCAGCAACUCCAAUGAGAAUGAUGUGGCAAUCAAUGUUGGGCGAGGCUAA